AUGAGCGGACACGACUCCAAGUACUUCUCCACUACGAAAAAGGGCGAAAUCCCUGAGCUCAAGGAAGAACUCAAUUCUCAGUACAAGGAUAAGAGAAAAGAUGCUGUUAAAAAAGUUAUUGCUGCCAUGACUGUUGGGAAGGACGUUUCAUCACUGUUUACUGAUGUAGUGAAUUGCAUGCAAACUGAAAACUUAGAACUCAAGAAGCUUGUCUAUUUGUAUCUUAUUAAUUAUGCUAAAAGCCAGCCAGACCUAGCAAUUCUUGCAGUAAAUACAUUUGUGAAGGAUUCACAGGACCCAAAUCCUUUGAUCCGUGCUUUGGCCGUACGGACGAUGGGAUGCAUUCGUGUUGAUAAAAUCACAGAAUAUCUAUGUGAUCCCCUUCAGAGGUGUCUCAAGCAAUGCUGUACAUUUUUUAGUUAA